AGCAGCAGGCCGCAGCAACGGACAAAAUGACGAGCAGCAGGCCGCAGCAACUGACGAGCGACUGCGAUUAUUGCUGGGAAAUAGCGUGAGGCAGGGUUGGCCCAGCUUGAUUUCGGCCCAAUCGGAUCUGCAAGCCUGCUUCGCGAAUUGUCGCGACUGCAGCAGGCGACGGCGCCGGCGCGAGUCGUGGGCUCGUGGCCAUCCCUCCCUCCCUCCGCCUUGCGAACAGGUCGGCGCCUUGCCUCAAUCCUGCUCCGGCCUGAGCAAAUCGUGCUUGAUCAGCGCCUCAUCGCUCUUCCCCACCAAGAAGAGCCAACGCCCUUCACCAGCACCUCGUGUCGUGGCGAAGCUGCUAGCCGCCAUGGAUGAAGAUGCGACGACGAGCAACUCGCGCGCUGCCAAGACAUUUGAUCCGGACCUGAUUCAUGCCAUCUUUAAGCUGGUGUGGAGGCGGCGGGCGGAGAAGAGCAGCGGUGGCAACGAGGACAUCGACGUCGAGCCUGCUGUGGAAACCUCGAGAAGAAACCGGAGUACAACUGCCAAUGCAAGUGCGCUUAAAGUCAGCUGCGAACUUCUGCGCAUAUUCGUUACAGAGGCCAUUCAACGUUCUGCUUUUAUCGCUGAAGCGGAGGACGCUACUGUUAUCGAACCCACCCAUCUAGAGCGUGUAUUGCCGCAGCUUCUCUUGGACUUUUGAGGCGCCCCUAUGGAGCUUCUGGAUCCAUUUAUUCGACCACAUCUGGCAUAGAAGGCUUCUGCAUCUUCUAAGCUUGGCGAAAGGAAAAGGCAGGACAGUGCAUCAUCAAUCAUCUAUCAUCAUACAGAUGGUUGGUUAUCACUUAUCAGGGCAGCAGCCCAGUUACAUAUGUCAGCAGCUGCUGUCAAUCCAGUGCUAAAGCUUAGCAGCGGUCUGUAUUGUAGCUUGAGGGAAUUUCCUUUGAGGCUGUGUAGCUUCAAGAAACUUUGGCGGAACAGUACUCUGAUGGUGUAUCUUUAUAUUGAAGCAGCUCGCUUAAGAGAUGGAUCAGUUUCAUUUC